AUGUGGAGAAACAUUGAAAAUUUCUCCAUCAAUAACCCGAGUGUUUCCUACAGGCCUACCAAUCAUCAAUACAAAAUCAAUUUCAUUUAUGGCACUGAUAUCACUCCAUCAACAAUCCUAAACGACAACAUGUUCCUGAGUUUGGUGGAUUUCCAAACUAUUCAGAGUGGAGUGGAAGAUCCAAACAUCUUAAUUGAUGUUAUUGGACAAGUGUCUGAUUUGGGAGCUCUAGAGACAGUUCAGUGCUCGGGUAAAGCAAGAAAGAAAAUCGAAUUCAGUUUGACAGACCUUGUUGGCCAUAGGAUUACUUGCUGUCUGUGGGGAAAGUUUGCUGAAAGCAUUAAAGCUAACUGCGAUGCAGCUGGUGAAGAUUCGGUUAUAUGCCUCCUAUGUUUUGUGAAAAUUGGGACUUAUAGAAAUGAGAUUCAAAUUUCAAACUCAUAUGAUGCUUCUCAAGUCUUUUUCAACCCGCCAAUAAUGGAGGCUGAGGCAGUUUUGAAAAGGGAUGUUGCAUCCAAUGCAUUGACAUUGGUUGAAUCCAACCAAGACAAACUUGAGAGGGAGAUAAGACGCGACCCUUGGAUGCAAUACGCAAUUAGAGACAUUGUAGAGCUACGGCAAUUAACUCAGACUAAGCAAUGCAGAAUCAUUGCCACAAUCUAUGCUAUUGACAAGGAUUGGGGAUGGUACUAUUUUGGAUGCAAAACUUGCCAAAAAAAGGUCACCCAGAUAUCGAGAACAGUUAAAAUCGUAAAUGGGAAGGAGAUUGUUCAGGAUUCAUGUAUGGGUGAAAGAUGGUACUGGAGAAGCUUACUAAUGCUAUUUGACUGGAUUGCAAGCGGAAUUGUUCCUGAAAAUGCUGCUGACUUGCUCAACGGUUCAUUUGAUGAGCUAAAAGAUGUUGAGUCUUUUCCUGAGGCUAUUACUUCUUUGAUUGGGAAGACUUUCAUGUUUGGAGUUUACAUUGAGAGAGUAACAAUCACCACCGAAUCAUUUACUCAGUCUGAUGUUGGAACUAAUAAUUUAAGUUGUUCACAGGGUUCGAUUUUACUAAUGGACAGUGAAGCAAACGAAGACACUGUGGUAACCCCAUCGUCUAAACGCAAAGAACAUUCCAACAUAAGUUCUACAACAAAGAAGCAGUGCACCAGAGUAUUUGUGAAGAAAGAAAAGACCACCAAAGAGGAGCCAAACACCAAAAAAAGUGGCUAA